AUGACUGCUUACCAUCGUACUUCAGCAAGAAUCGACCACAAAAACCACUUUGACAUGUGCUCAACAGAGCAGUUUGCCAGUGAACAGAGCAUCUUCCAUCAACAUCGGGAUCAGAAUAAGCUUUUGAUUUAUAUUCCUGCUCUAUCACCUAAAAGCCAUCACUACCCAAAUCUUUUUCUGUCAGCAGCAGCAGCAAACAACACAAAAAAGCCGCUCAAGAUGCGCAAGGCAUUGCUAGAAACCACAUCAAAGACACCCUUGAAUGUUGGCCUGGAUAAUGUGUUGUUCAUCUCUACAUUGGACGGUUACUGGACGCGUACAACAUCAUACAGAAUGAAGAGACAUGCUAGCAAUGGUAGCGGUACACAAAAUUCGGAUAAUGCCAUCAAUGCUAGCACUUUGACAACCAGAAGAUACUCACACCCUAAUACCAACAAAGCAUCAAUGUCAACAAAGCCCAUGAUGGAGUGUCCAUCUGUGCCAUGCAGUAGCAGUACUAGUAGUAGUAGCAGUAGUAAUCAAACUCAAAUGAAUUACGACAUGAGACGCUUGUCAUUUCAAUCCGAUGCUGCGUCUACGGAAUUGAUCCGAAGAUUUAGCUCUGAGAGCACCACUAGUAGCUUAUCCAGCAUUUCCUCGUUUAUUUUGGAGAGCCAUAGUAAGUUGCAUCAACAAUAUCAACAGCAGCAGCAGCAGAAAGCACAAGAGGCAUCAAGUGACGCACAGACAAGUCAUCCAGUAGUAUUAGCGCACAGCAAUUCAAUACAACUAGAAGCAGCAGCAGCAGCAGCAGCAGCAGCACCUACAGUUGAGACAGGAAAAGGGCUAUUGGAUCGUGACCCUGGUCAUGCCUGUGAAACCAUGCACAACCCCUCUAAAGAAAUGCAGCAAAUUCAAGGCACAAAUAUCAAGGAAGAAGACCAGGUAGAAGAGCGAGAGGAAGAGCAGCAAUUACCCAUCUGGGCUGACCCUAUCAAAGUCAAGGAGAACCCAACACGAUUCCAAUACACCAAAUCCUACUUGCAACAGCGAGGCAUGUUGAAUGAUGGCAGCCUACCGCUCAUCAAGCCCUGUGUGUUUUAUUUCAGUGAUACCGCUGGCAGCCGUGUCACUACUCAAUCCAAGCAACCAGAGUACAUUUCUACCGUGAAGCCCGUGUUUGAAUGCGGAUCAGUAUGGGAGUUUGCAGCUCGUUGGCGUACAUUCAAGGAAAAGUGCAACAAGAAACCUUCGCAGCUGACAGCAAACCAGAACAUCUUUUGCUUUAUCCAUGGUAUUCAACCCAUGUGGGAGGAUCCUGUGAAUAAGGAUGGAGGUCGCUUCUUCGUCAUAGUAUAUGACAACCAGCUUUUGGGUGAAUUGUUUGAAUGGAUUCUCUGUGCUUUUGUGGGCGGUAACUUUGCAGAGGACGGUGUGGUUGGGGUUACUGUGUCGAAGCGAUUUCGUGGUGAUAGAAUCGAGUUUUGGUUUGAUAAGAGUGCAGAUGAGAGCAAGGUGCCCGAAUUCAAAAACAAACUCUAUGAUUUAUUAGCCAGUACUUGUCAUGAUGUGAUUAAAGCAGGACGAUUCAAGAAGCAUUUUGGCUAA